AUGGCUUCCGACCGCACCGUCGGCCUGCUCGGCGGCGGCCAACUCGGCCGCAUGCUGCUCCAAGCCGCCAACCUCCUCGAGAUCAAAGUCAACAUCCUCGACGCCGCCGGCUCGUCCGCCAAGCAGAUCAGCGCCCACGACGGCCACAUCGCCGGCUCGUUCAAGGACCGCGACGCCAUCCGCGCGCUCGCCCGGACGUCCGACGUCCUGACGGUCGAGAUCGAGCACGUCGACACCUACAUCCUCGAGGAGGUCGCCCGCGACCUCGGCGUCGACGUCCAGCCCGCCUGGUCGACCCUCCGCACCAUCCAGGACAAGUUCCUGCAGAAGGGCCACCUCCUGGAGAGGGGGGUGGCCACCGCGGAGAGCCUGGCCCUGGCCGAACCCUCCCGGGCGGAGCUCGAACGGGUCAGCGCGGAGUUGGGCUUGCCGUUGAUGCUGAAGUCGCGCCGGGAGGCGUACGACGGCCGGGGGAACUUCCCGGUCCGGACGGCGGACGAUUUCGACGCGGCCCUGCAGGCGCUGAGCGGUCGGAGCGCCCAAGGCGGCCUCCAGCCGGGAGAUGUGCUCUACGCCGAGAAAUGGGCCAACUUCCGCAUGGAGCUGGCGGUCAUGGUCGUCAAGACCAAGGACCAGGUCCUGUCCUACCCGACCGUCGAGACCAUCCACGAGGACAGCAUCUGCAAGCUCACGUAUGCCCCCGCCCGCCGCGUCUCCAGCGCGACGAACGAGCGCGCCCAGGCCCUCGCCCGCCAGGCGGUGGCCUGCUUCGCGGGCAAGGGCGUGUUCGGCGUGGAGAUGUUCCUCCUCCCCGACGACACUUUGCUCAUCAACGAGAUCGCGCCGCGGCCGCACAACUCCGGGCACUACACGAUCGAGGCCUGCCCCGUGUCCCAAUACGAAGCGCAUCUCCGAGCCAUCCUCGACCUGCCCCUGCUCGCCGAGGACCUCGAGCUCCGCGAGCCGAGCAUCAUGCUGAACAUCCUCGGCGGCGCCGGGCCCGACUCGCACAUCCGCAUCGCGAGGGAGGCGCUCCGCCAGCGCCGCACCAAGGUCCACCUCUACGGCAAAGGCGAGGCGAGGAAAGGCCGCAAGAUGGGCCACAUCACGAUCUGCGCCUCGACCAUGGCCGAAGCCGAAGCCAUCCUGGCGCCCACCCUCGCCCUGGUCGACGGGACCGCAACCCCUCAGUCCUCCCACGGAUCCGAAUCCCCCUCCAAACCAUCCCCCCUCGUCGCCGUCGUCAUGGGCUCCGACUCCGACCUCCCCGUGCUCGAGCCCGGCCUGAAACUCCUCACACAGCUCGGGAUCCCGCACACCGUGCGCAUCACCUCCGCGCACCGCACGCCCGCGCACAUGGCGGAGUUCGCGCGCGACGCCGCGGCCUCGGGGAUCCGCGUGCUCAUCGGCGCGGCCGGCGGCGCCGCGCACCUGCCCGGCAUGGCCGCGGCGCACACGUGGCUGCCGGUGAUCGGGGUGCCGGUGAAGCCGUCGAUCGGGGACGGCACGGACAGCGUGCUCAGCAUCCUCAACAUGCCGCGCGGCGUGCCCGUCGCCACCGUCGCGAUCAACAACGCCGUCAACGCCGCGCUGCUGGCCGCCCGCAUCCUGGCCGCCGGCACGGACGCCGCGGCGCUGAGGGCCCGGGACGCCGUCCGCGCGUAUGCCGCCGACUCGACUGACGAGGUCAUGGGGAAGGACGCCCGCUUGGAGCGCAUCGGCUGGAAGGAUUACCUCGAGGGCAUGAGGGCGAAGUAA